AUGGAGCUGCCGGAGAUGGAAUCCAUGGCGUCGGCGAUCGGGAUAUCAGUGCCGGUGCUCAGAUUUCUCUUAUGCUUCGCUGCCACCAUUCCGGUAAGCUUAAUCCAUCGGCUUGUUCCCGGCGGCGCAACCGGGAGGCACAUCUAUGCCGUCGCGACCGGCGCCGCUCUCUCCUAUUUGUCGUUUGGGUUCUCCUCGAAUCUCCACUUCUUGGUUCCCAUGCUCUUGGGCUACGGUUCGAUGCUUAUUAACCGUCCUUAUUGUGGAGCCAUCACUUUCUUAUUGGCAUUUGGCUACCUCAUUGGAUGUCACGUAUACUACAUGAGUGGGGAUGCAUGGAAAGAAGGAGGAAUUGAUGCUACAGGUGCCUUAAUGGUAAUUACACUGAAAAUCAUUUCAUGUGUGAUGAGUUACCAAGAUGGAUUGCUGAAAGAGGAAGAUUUACGCGAGGCACAGAAAAAAAACCGUUUGCUCAAUCGACCAUCAUUGCUUGAGUACUUUGGUUACUGCCUCUGUUGUGGAAGUCAUUUUGCUGGUCCAGUGUAUGAAAUAAAGGAUUACCUUGAGUGGACAGAGAGAAAAGGCAUCUGGAAGCCUUCAGAGAAAGGGCAUCCAUCACCUUUUCUGCCAACUUUAAGGGCUAUUCUUCAAGCUGGAUUUUGUAUGGGAUUGUAUCUAUACCUUGUCCCUCAUUACCCUCUUUCCAGAUUUACUGAUUCAGUAUACCAAGGGUGGGGAUUUUGGAAACGGUUGGGAUAUCAGUACAUGGCUGGCUUCACUGCACGUUGGAAGUAUUACUUUAUUUGGUCAAUCUCAGAAGCCUCUAUCAUUAUUUCUGGUUUGGGUUUCAGUGGUUGGACAGAUUCUUCUCCACCAAAACCACGGUGGGACCGUGCAAAAAAUGUAGACAUAUUGGGUGUUGAACUGGCUAAGAGUUCAGUUCAAAUACCUCUUGUAUGGAACAUACAAGUCAGCACCUGGCUACGGCAUUAUGUCUAUGAGAGGCUCAUUCGCAAGGGCAAGAAGCCUGGUUUCUUCCAGUUGUUGGCUACUCAGACUGUCAGUGCUGUGUGGCAUGGCUUAUACCCUGGGUAUAUUUUUUUCUUUGUUCAAUCUGCUCUUAUGAUUAAUGGUUCGAGAGUCAUUUACAGAUGGCAGCAGGCUAUUGGUAAUGCUCUCCUUCGGAACAUUCUAGUGUUUAUGAACUUUGCCUACACUGUUCUGGUUCUCAAUUACUCUUGUGUUGGUUUCAUGGUAUUGAGCCUCCAUGAAACACUUGCUUCGUAUGGCAGUGUAUACUAUGUUGGAACAGUUAUACCUAUUGCAUUGAUCCUUCUUGGUAAUGUAAUUAAACCAGCCAGGCCAACGAGAUCCAAUGCUCGGAAAGAUCAGUGAGUUAGGAAUUGUUUUUCAAAGAUUGUUUCUGAGAUUAGAACUUAGAUCUUAUAUCACCUAUUUGCUUUGCGAGCAUGUGUAGCCCCAUUUGAACGAUAAAGAUUCUUUGCCCUCGUUUUAUUGGCAUUGUGAUUUUCGUUUUCGAUUACAGUCAACAACAAUUAUUAACCCUAACUGUAUUACUGAUUGAAAGUUUCGGUGCUGGAAGGAUUUGAAAUGAUUGUGUAAUACACAAUCCAUUAAAAUUCUUCGCCCGUGCUUGAUGUGAAGUCAAAGUGUACUAUUACUGUAUUACCCUC